AUGGCAGACCUUGAAGUAUAUAAAAAUUUAAGUCCAGAAAAAGUUGAAAGAUGCAUGAGUGUCAUGCAGUCUGGGACUCAGAUGGUGAAGCUGAAGAGUGGAACCAAAGGGCUGGUUCGUCUCUUCUACCUGGAUGAGCACAGAACCUGCAUCCGAUGGAGACCCUCCAGGAAAAGUGAAAAGGCAAAAAUUGUCAUCGAUUCCAUUUACAAGGUGACGGAAGGCCGGCAGUCCGAGAUCUUCCACCGCCAUGCAGAGGGCAGCUUUGACCCCAGCUGUUGCUUUACCAUUUACCAUGGCAACCACAUGGAGUCCCUGGACCUGAUCACAUCAAACCCAGAGGAAGCUCGCACCUGGAUCACAGGUCUGAAGUACCUGAUGGCUGGGAUAAGUGAUGAGGACUCCCUCGCCAAGAGGCAGAGAACACACGAUCACUGGGUCAAGCAGACCUUUGAGGAAGCUGACAAGAAUGGGGAUGGUUUGCUGAACAUUGAAGAGAUCCACCAGCUGAUGCACAAGCUGAACGUCAACCUGCCCCGCAGGAAGGUCCGGCAGAUGUUCCAGGAAGCAGACACAGAUGAGAACCAAGGAACCCUAAAUUUUGAAGAAUUCUCAGUGUUCUACAAGAUGAUGUCCUUACGUCGAGAUCUCUAUUUAUUGCUCUUAAGCUACAGUGACAAGAAGGAUCACCUCACUGUUGAGGAACUUGCUCAGUUUCUAAAGGUGGAGCAAAAGAUGAAUAAUGUAACUCCAGAAUAUUGCCUUGACAUCAUACAGAAGUUUGAAGUAUCAGAAGAAAACAAGAAGCAAAAUGUUCUUGGCAUUGAAGGUUUCACCAGCUUCAUGCGCAGCCCUGCCUGUGAUGUCUUCAAUCCCCUGCACUGUGAGGUGCAUCAGGAUAUGGACCAGCCCCUCUGCAACUACUUUAUUGCCUCUUCUCACAACACAUACCUGACAGGGGACCAGCUGCUGUCCCAGUCCAGAGUGGAGAUGUAUGCACGGGUGCUGCAGGAUGGCUGUCGGUGCAUUGAAGUGGAUUGCUGGGAUGGUCCAGAUGGAGAGCCUGUAGUGCACCAUGGCUACACUCUGACUUCUAAAAUACUCUUCCGUGAUGUGGCUGAAACCAUCAAUAAAUAUGCCUUCAUCAAAAAUGAGUUUCCCGUGAUACUGUCUAUUGAAAACCACUGCAGCAUCCAACAGCAAAAGAAGAUUGCUCAGUACUUGAAGGAGAUAUUUGGUGACAAACUUGACUUGUCAUCUGUAGCCACUGGAGAUUCCACACAGCUUCCCAGCCCUCAAAAUUUGAAAGGGAAAAUCCUAGUGAAGGGUAAAAAGUUGCCAUGCAGUCUUGGAGCAGAUGCUGAGGAAGGAGAAGUUUCAGAUGAGGAUAGUGCUGAUGAAAUUGAAGAUGACUGCAAAUUAAAGCCCUGCUAUAGUAAUGGUGCAACUGAGCACCAGGUGGAAUCUUUUAUAAGGACUAAACUGGAAUCUCUGAUAAAAGAAUCCCAAAUCAGGGACAAGGAAGAUCCUGACAGCUUCACUGUGAGAGCACUGCUAAAGGCAACUCAUGAGGGUUUAAAUCUUAACCUGAAACAGAACCUGGACACAAAAGAGAGUGGUAAAAAGUCCCACAGUCGAUCAUUAAUGAGCAACUUUGGUAAACACAAGAAAGCUGUGAAGGCAACAUCCAAAAACCACAGUGCAUCUGAUGAGGAAGAAAGCCAGCAAAACUCCUCUGGGAAGGAGAUGGGGCAGCUCCACAGGCUGGCUCGUCGCAGGAAAACCGUGAAGCUUUGCCGAGCUCUCUCUGACCUCGUGGUGUACACCAACUCUGUGGCAGCCCAGGACAUAUUAGAUGAUGGCUCAACAGGCAACGUGCUGUCCUUCAGUGAGAGCAGAGCCCACCAAGCUGUGCAGCAGAAGGCAGAGCAGUUCAUGCUUUACAACCAGAAGCAGCUGACCAGGAUCUACCCAUCAGCUUAUCGGAUUGACUCCAGCAACUUCAAUCCUUUGCCUUACUGGAAUGUUGGCUGCCAGCUGGUGGCACUCAACUAUCAGUCUGAGGGACGUGUCAUGCAAUUAAAUGAUGCAAAAUUUCGGGUAAAUGGCAACUGUGGUUAUGUCCUCAAACCUCAGCAGAUGUGCAAAGGCACAUUCAACCCCUACUCUUCUGAUCCACUUCCUGCCAGUCCUAAAAAGCAGCUUAUCCUGAAAAUCAUCAGUGGACAGCAGCUGCCUAAGCCUCCUGACUCAAUGUUAGGGGACAGAGGGGAGAUAAUAGAUCCCUUUGUUGAGGUGGAAAUUAUUGGGUUACCUGUUGACUGCUGUAAGGAUCAAACCAGGGUGGUGGAUGACAAUGGGUUUAAUCCAGUUUGGGAGGAAACCCUCACUUUUACCAUCCACAUGCCUGAAAUAGCUCUGGUGAGAUUCCUUGUCUGGGACCACGACCCCAUUGGGAGAGACUUUGUUGGACAAAGAACUGUGGCCUUCAGCAGCCUGGUGCCUGGUUAUCGACACGUGUAUUUGGAAGGGCUGACAGAAGCAUCCAUAUUUGUUCAUAUAACCAUUAAUGAGAUCUAUGGGAAGUGGAGCCCUUUAAUCCUCAAUCCCAGUUACACAAUAUUCCACUUUCUAGGAGCCACAAAGAAUAAGCAGCUGAUAGGACUCAGAGGGCUGUUCAACAAGACCCCCAAGCACAGCUCUGCAGAAAGCAGCGGGCACUACGUGCGCAAGCGCUCCAUCGGCGACCGCAUCCUGCGGCGCACGGCCAGCGCACCAGCCAAGGGCAGGAAGAAGAGCAAGAUGGGUUUUCUGGAGGCUGCUGACAUCAGGGACAGUGCUUCUGAACCCACAGACCUGAAGGACAAAGAAGGAGUCGUCAGGCGCUCGAGCAGGAGCUUGCAAGCGCGUCCUGUGUCUAUGCCUGUGGACAAAUACCUUCUGGUGGGAUUGCCCUGCCCGGGAGAUGAAGCUGCCCAGGAUGCCAAAGGAAAAGAGAAUGCAUCUGCCAACAGUGCUGACAAUACAAAUGGGAAGGAAACAAACUUGAAAGAGUCUGGUUUUCCAUGUUCUGACAAAACAGCAAAUACUUCAAAUUUGGCAUCUCAGUUUGAGAAGGAGAAUGACCAGAAGGAGACUGCAGUUCACCCCUUGGUACCACCUCUACAGGAGCAGCCUGAAAAUUUAAGAUUUGCAAGUGGUGUAGCUGAAACAAAUCAGGAAAAUAAUCAUUCUGGUGAAACUGCCCCUCUAAUGCAGGGCUCUGAUUUUGAACUUUCCACAGAAAAAACACAUGACAAAAACUCUGCAGACACUGGAAAGAAAGAUGGCACAAAGGGGUCUAAGGAGCAAAUGCCUCCUGUAGGGACUUCCCUUUCUCAGAAGGUAGAGAUGGAAGCUCACAAAUAUGAUGCCCUCAAGCCAAGCACUGCAGCACCUCUUUCUGUGACAGAUAUCUCUCCUACCCUUUGCUCUGAUGUUCCUCAUGUGCCCUCCAAGGUAAGGAUGGAGGACAGUGACAUUUCUCUCCUCAUAGAUGAAGUUUCUCUAGCGACUGAGAGCGAGAUGGAUAGUGCUGUGUCAGCUCUGAUUGGGCAGUUUGAUGUCACAGGUGACCAAACUGAUGUCACCCUGCUCUCAAGUCAUGGCACCAGCAGCCAGACUUCUGGUGUGGCAGCUGCACACACACACAUCCUUACCAUGGAUCUCAACAGUCCCUGUAAGCACAACUUUACUAACACAAAUCUCACCAAAUCCCCUUUAUUCUCCACCCCAGACACUACCAUGUUCUCCAGCCCUGGGACUAUGGAGUAUUCUGUGUACACGAUCAUCCAAGAGGCAACUCUCACCCCAGCUACUGAAUGCAAGACCCACAGUGAAUUAGCUUGCAAGAAAAAGUUCAACAGUAUAGAAAAUAACUUGCCUAGCUGUCCCUGUCCUUCACCCCCCUCUUUGCUGGAAGCAGAUCCCAAAAGAAAAUGUGGAACAAGCUGGGAAGCCCCAGAGCCUGCCAGUUCUUUUGCUUCCAAUAGCCUCAUCUUUGAGGAGUUACUUGUUGACCCUCCCACUGGUGAAAAUUCAGAAUGCAGCAGUCUUGUGGAAGUAGAUGGGGAUCCACAAGAUGUCUUGGUGACCGCAUGUGAGUACAAAAGGGAAGACAUGAGCCAGCUGGCUUCCCCUUUGAAGCUGAGGCCAAAGCAGGGUUCCACCGGGCAUGGUGGUGAGAGGACCUCUGGGAACAGUGCAACUGUUGAGCUCCGUGCUGCUGCCCUGGGCUGCUCAGAUAACUUCAGGACUGCAGGGAGUCAGCUCCCGUUUCUGAUAAGUGAAAAUGUUGGCUUUUUGUAUCAUCAUCACUCAGAGAAGCAGAAAACUGUGAUGUGUGAUGAGAGGUCCCAGCACACCAUGCACCCACCGGUGCUCAAAUCCACUUUGGCUUUCCCCCCUCCUCCAGCCUUCAAGCAGACCAGCCCUUGCAAAUCCAAGAGCCUCGGGGACUUGACAUCAGAAGAUAUUUCCUGCAAUUUUGAAAGUAAGUACCAGUACAUAAGUAGGAGCUUUAUCUCAUCAGGCAUGAGAGACAAGAAGCUCGCUGCUAUGAAGAGCGUGCGACCGCAUUCCACAGAUGCUCUGACGGAACAGCUGAGGAAGUUGGUGUCCCUGGACCAGGAGGAGAGCUGUCAGACCCUCUGCUCCAGGCAGAUUGAUGAAGACUGCCCAAAGGCUCUGGUCAGAAAACUCUCAUCCAGGAGCCAGAGCAGGGUGAGGAACAUCGCCAGCCGUGCCAAGGAGAGGCAGGAGGCUGCCAGCAAGCAGAAACCUUCCAACCCCAGUAGUGUGGCUGGGGUGAUCCUUAGGAACAAACCCUCAGCAUCUCCUCACCUCAUCAACAGGCACUCCACGGGCUCCUACAUAGGCAGAUACCUGAGCAGCUUCCCCGGGGGGCAGGUGGGGGUGGAGGGCCGGGGCAUCCCCGAGGGCUCCUGCACCGCUUUGCACUACAGCUGCGGCGACCGCCUCUACGCGCACGAUCCCGUUCUGCAGCUGGAGCCCCACGGGGAUGAUCAGCCUGAAAUUUACUUCCUGCUGAGACUGUAGAUUGUAUAAAUGUACAUCUUCAAUGUUUACAAACUGUCCCAUCGAAGUGAAGGAUUUUUAACAAGAAGUGCUGGGUCUGAGGGUCUAAAUUAUUUAGAAACACAAUUCUGUGCUAGUGAUUCAGUCGUGACUUAAU